AUGAAUGAUCGGGAUGCUCGACCCCCACCUCAGAAUCAUGAGGUGGUUGGAGAAAUCUUAACCAUUUCGGGAGGAAUAGCUAGUGGAGGGGAGUCUAACUCAGCAAGAAGAGCCCAUGCCCGAGAGGUGCAGACCGAGCAGGUUCUUUUCCUUGAAAGGCCAGCCAAGACCUUGAAACGAGAACCCAUGGUCUUAUCAUUCACCGACGAGGAUGGAAAUAGGGUAAUGAUGCCUCAUAAUGAUGCAUUGGUGGUAACAGUGACUGUGGCCAACCAUUUGCUCCACCGAAUUUUGGUAGAUAAUGGAAGCUCGGCUAACAUCCUUUAUUGGCCAGUUUUCAAACAGAAGGGCAUUGAUCGUAGCAGGAUCUCCCCGUUUGGCUCUCCAUUGGUUGGAUUUGCGGGAGAGCAAGUCCAACCUGUCGGAAUUAUUUCACUUCCUGUGACAGCAGGAACAGCUCCCAGGCAAUCAACUGUUAUGGUGGAUUUCUUGAUGAAGUCCCCAACAGAGGAAGGAGUCAGAGAGGUUCAGGGAGACCAAAUUGCUGCAAGGAAGUGUUAUAUCACUUCCCUGAAGAAACCGUCGGAAGUUACACCUUUGACGGUGAGUACCGUGAGAAGUGGAAAGGAAGGUGAAUCAAAGGGCGAACCUGCAGAGGCAUUAGAAGACGUGGUUGUAGCAAACAACAAAGUGGUGAAGAUCGGUUCUCAACUCUCCUCGGAGGUCCGAGAAAGCCUCGUCACUUUUCUAAAAGCAAAUUUGGAGGUGUUUGCGUGGACGCACGAAGACAUGGCUGGUAUCAGCUCCGAAGAAAUACUCCACCAGGUCAACGUGGAUCCCAGCAUAAAACCAGUAAAGAAUAAAAGAAGAAAGUUUGCUCAUGAGCGAAACAUGGCGAUAGCCGAGGAGGUGGAGAAGUUGCUCAGAGCUCGGUUUAUAGAAGAAGUACACUAUCCCGAUUGGUUAGCCAAUAUAAUCUACAUGCACCUUGAAGAUAGGGAGAAGACUGCAUUCAUUACCGACCGAGGCUUGUACUGCCAUAAGGUCAUGCCUUUCGGUCUCAAGAAUGCAGGGGCGACGUACCAGAGAUUGGUGAACAAGAUGUUUGGAGAGCAGAUCGGGCAGAACAUGGAAGUGUAUGGGAUGAAGCUGAAUACUGCAAAGUGUGCGUUCGGAGGGUCCUCAGGAAGAUUCCUCGGCUAUAUGGUGUCAAACCAAGGAAUUGAAGCUAACCCGAAGAAGAUCCAAGCAGUUUUGGAUAUGCAGUCUCCGAAGAAUACGAAACAGCUCCAACAAUUGACGGGCAGAAUAGCAGCACUGAACCUGUUCAUCUCUCGAUCCAUUGAUAAGUGUCUACCAUUCUUUAAAAUCCUGAGGAAGGCCUAUGAGUGGUCCGAUGAGUGCGAAGAAGCUUUUAGGGCACUGAAGAAGUAUUUAGUCAGCCCACCUUUGCUCAGCCGAACAGUCCCAGGAGAAGUAUUGUAUUUGUACUUGGCUAUGUCUCCAAUAGCAGUCAGUGCAGCCCUUAUACGAGAAGAAGAGGGGGUACAGAAACCUGUAUACUUUAUCAGCCGAGCUUUGAAAGGGGCCGAGGAGAGAUAUCCCCAGAUGGAGAAGCUGGCUUUCGCUCUAACUAUUUCAUCGAGGAAACUUCGGCCGUAUUUUCAAGCUCACACGAUAAAGGUUCUUACUGAAUACCCUCUCAGGAAGGUACUUCGCAAACUGGAUUUGUCCGGAAGACUGGCUAACUGGGCAAUUGAACUUGGAGAGUUUGAUAUAGAAUUCUUUCCUCGGAACUCUAUCAAGGGUCAUGCAUUAGCAGACUUUUUGGCAGAAUUUACAAACUUACCAGAUGCUACACAAUGGCCGAGGGAUGAAACCUGGGUAGUUUACGUGGAUGAAUCAUCCACAAGAAAACACGGCAGAGCUGGGGUAAUACUAAUCACCCCAGAAGGAGAAGAGUUGCAUUGUUCCAUAAGAUUGAAAUUUAAAACUACCAACAAUGAAGCCGAAUAUGAGGCUGUGAUAGCGGGAUUAGGCCUAGCUCGAGAAAUGGGAGCUGAAUUCAUUGAGGUACGAAGCGACUCACAAGUAAUUGUUGGGCACAUACAAGGGGAAUUUGAAGCAAAGGGAGUUAAAAUGAAGUUGUACUUGUCAAAGGUACAAGACAUUCAGAGCUCUUUCAAGAAGUUAUGCAUUGUAAAAAUCUCAAGGGAAGAAAACGAGAAAGCAGACCAUCUUGCUCAGAUUGCAUUAGCCGAGGAGUAUGCAGGGGAAUCCGAAGAAGUAACUCAGACCUUGGCCCGACCAACGAUAACCGAGGAGGUCUUGGUCUUGACAGCAGAAGCGGUACCAGACUGGCAAAAGGAAGUGGUAGAAUAUCUGAAGAAAGGGAUUCUCUUAGAGGAGAAAAGAGCAGCUGUCCAGCUGAGGAAAAAGGUUGCCAGAUUUACCAUGGUAAAUGGAACCUUGUACAAACGAGGUUUCAUGUUGCCACUUCUUAAGUGCAUUUUCAAAGAAGAAGGCAAUUAUGUACUUCGUGAGAUUCACGAAGGCAUUUGUGGAAGUCAUUCAGGUGCAAGAAUGUUGGCGCAUAAGGCGGUCCGAGCAGGCUUCUAUUAG